ACUCUGCUAAGGUCAGGCGGCGGGGCUGGGGAGAAGUGGCAGCAAGGACUGCGGUGGCGUCCACGCAGCGGGAUGUGCGAGAGUUACUCCAGGUCGUUGUUGAGGGUCUCGGUGGCGCAGAUCUGCCAGGCGCUGGGCUGGGCCUCGGUGCAGCUCAGCGCUUGCCACCUCCUCACGGACGUACUGCAGCGAUAUCUGCAGCAGCUGGGCCGGGGCUGCCAUCGGUACUCGGAGCUCUAUGGCCGAACAGACCCAAUUUUGGAUGAUGUUAGUGAAGCUUUCCAACUUAUGGGGGUUAGUCUACAUGAAUUAGAAGACUAUAUUCACAAUAUUGAACCUGUUACUUUCCCACAUCAAAUUCCUUCAUUUCCUGUUAGCAAGAACAAUGUACUGCAAUUUCCUCAGCCUGGAAGUAAAGAUGCAGAGGAAAGAAAGGAAUACAUUCCUGAUUACAUGCCACCCAUUGUGUCUUCUCAGGAAGAGGAAGAAGAAGAGCAGGUGCCCACUGAUGGAGGCACAUCAGCAGAAGCCAUGCAGGUUCCCUUGGAGGAAGAUGAUGAAUUGGAGGAGGAGGAAAUUAUUAAUGAUGAGAAUUUCUUGGGUAAGAGACCAUUGGAUAGUCCUGAAGCCGAAGAAAUGCCUGCCAUGAAGCGACCACGACUCUUAAGCACUAAAGGGGACACUCUAGAUGUAGUAUUAUUGGAAGCUCGAGAACCACUCAGCUCAAUAAAUACUCAAAAGAUUCCACCAAUGCUUUCUCCAGUUCAUGUACAGGACAAUACAGACGUAGCACCUCCGUCACCAGAGCCGCCAAUGUUGGCUCCAGUUGCAAAAUCACAGUUGCCAACUGCAAAACCAUUAGAAACAAAAUCUUUUGCACCUAAAACAAAAACUAAAACUAGUUCUCCAGGACAGAAGACGAAAUCACCUAAAACCACCCAGUCACCAGCAAUGGUUGGAAGUCCUAUUCGGUCACCAAAAACUGUAUCCAAAGAAAAGAAAUCACCUGGACGUUCUAAGAGCCCCAAAAGCCCCAAGAGCCCCAAAGUUAUCACUCAUAUUCCCCAAGCACCUGUCAGACCUGAAACACCAAAUAGGACUCCUUCAGCUACAAUUAGUGAAAAAAUUAGUAAAGAGAUCAUCCAGGUGAAACAAACACAAACACCUCCUGAAGCUGGAAAACUGAACAAUGAGAAUCAGCCUAAAAAGGCUAUUGUAAUAGAUAAAACAAUUGAUGACUCUAUCGAUGCUGUGAUUGCACGAGCCUGUGCUGAACGAGAGCCAGAUCCUUUUGAGUUUUCUUCUGGAUCAGAAUCCGAAGGAGACAUUUUUACUAGCCCUAAGAGAAUUUCAGGUUCGGAGUGUACCACUCCAAAAGCUUCCACUUCCUCAAACAAUUUCACCAAGUCAGGAUCCACGCCUCUGCCUCUGUCAGGUGGAACUUCCAGCUCUGAUAACUCAUGGACAAUGGAUGCCUCAAUUGACGAGGUGGUCCGAAAGGCAAAAAUGGGAACACCUGCGAAUAUGCCUCCCAACUUUCCUUACAUCUCUUCUCCUUCAGUUUCUCCUCCUACUCCUGAACCUCUUCAUAAGGUGUACGAGGAGAAAACCAAACUGCCAUCAUCAGUGGAGGUAAAGAAGAAGUUGAAAAAGGAACUGAAGACUAAAAUGAAAAAGAAAGAAAAGCAGAGAGAUAAGGAGAGGGACAAAGACAAAAACAAGGAAAAGAGUAAAGAGAAGGACAAAGUGAAAGAAAAAGAGAAAGAAAAGGAAGCCUGCAAGGAAACAAAGUACCCAUGGAAGGAAUUUCUCAAAGACGAAGAUUCAGAUCCUUAUAAGUUUAAAAUAAAAGAAUUUGAAGAUGUUGACCCAAAAGUGAGAUUGAAAGAUGGAAUUGCGAGGAAGGAAAAAGAGAAGCAUAAAGAUAAGAAGAAGGACAGAGAAAAAGGCAAAAAAGAUAGAGAUAAGAGAGAAAAAGAAAAAGUUAAAGAUAAAAGUAGAGAAGAGAAGAUGAAAGCUCCACCAACCCCUCUGGUAUUACCUCCAAAAGAAAUGGCCUUGCCCUUGUUCAGCCCCACUGCAGCAGUGAGGGUCCCAGCCAUGCUACCUUCCUUGUCGCCAAUACUCCCCGAAAAACUAUUUGAGGAGAAAGAGAAACCUAAGGAUAAAGACAGAAAAAAAGACAAAAAGGAGAAAAAGAAAAAGAAAGAGAAAGAGAAGGAAAAGGAGAAGAAAGAGAAGGAAAAGGAGAAAGAGAAAAAAGAGAGAGAGAAGAGAGAAAAAGAAAAGGAGAAACACAAGCAUGAAAAAGUAAAAGUAGAACCAGUCGUUCCAGCCCCAAGCCCAGUUAUCCCCAGAUUAACUCUCCGUGUUGGUGCUGGCCAAGACAAAAUUGUCAUCAGCAAAGUGGUUCCAGCCCCCGAGGCUAAGCCAUCUCCUGCUCUGAACAGACCUAAAACCCCACCGCCAGCCCCAGCCGCAGCACCUGUGCCUGUGCAUGUGAGCCCCGCCCCCAUGCCAUUACCACUCCUAGCCCAGGCCACUGCGUGCCCAGCUUUGCUGCCAUCACCAUCCCCCGCCAUCUCUGGAGCAGGAAGCUCCAAAGCUCCUGUACGAAGUGUGGUGACAGAGACAGUCAGCACUUACGUGAUCCGAGAUGAGUGGGGCAAUCAGAUCUGGAUCUGUCCUGGGUGUAACAAGCCUGAUGAUGGAAGUCCGAUGAUCGGCUGUGACGACUGUGACGACUGGUACCACUGGCCCUGUGUUGGAAUAAUGACUGCACCACCAGAGGAAAUGCAGUGGUUCUGUCCCAAGUGUGCCAACAAGAAAAAAGAUAAAAAGCACAAAAAGAGGAAGCAUCGAGCACACUGACGUCUCCGUGUGGUCUGGACCCGGUGGAGCACCCUCCCUGGUACCUCUGGAGGAGAGCCGAUGCAAUUCUACCAUCCCGUCUAACCAGCUUCUUGUGGAUAAUGCAUCUGAGAAGACUGAUCUCAUCUGCUUGGGAUCUUCCCUUAUGAAACACACUGGCCCGUGGCUUCAUCAAAAUGUGAUUGAGGAAAUGCUCCAGGAGAGGCGUGGCAUAAGGGCUGGCCACCUCAGUUGUUCUACAACCAGAGACAAGUAUUAUUAAUAAAAAGACCGUACAUCUUCCCUUUUGAUUUUCUUUAUUCUCUCCAGGGCCUUUUUAUUAAGGUGUUAGAUGAGAAGAUAAUGUAUAAACUGCUUUGACUGUAAUUUAAGGAUGAUAUCAUUAGUCUGUAUACAGUUUUCAAUCCCUUUCCCUCUAUAGUAAGAUAAUCAUAACUACAGAAGGCUCCAGUUGGAGUAUUGGUAAAUAUUUUUGUGAUGAGAAUAUAUGAAACUUCUCCCCCACAGU